AUGGCCAUCCUACAUUUAGUCCUCUUCCGAUUCAAACCCGAGGUUUCUCGGGGCCGUCGGCAAGCCGAUCACAGCCACGUCUUCAUCGUCGAGUUUGACUCUCUGCAGGACCGCAAGUUUUAUAAGAACGUGGAUCCCAUUCAUGCCGAGUUUGCCUCGCGAAUCAUCCCACUCGUGAGCUUGACGAAAAUGGCGGUAUUUGAGGAAAGUGACUUCGUUGGCAUAUAG